GUUGUGUUUAGUUGCGUCGUUAUUUUCGCUAGGCUAGUGUGUUGCCACAAGAACCGAUUUAACUGACUGCUGUUAUUUAUUCGAACAUUUUAUUUUUCAUUUCAGCAAAAUGAAACACAAUUCAAAUGUUCCCGCUUUUCUCACGAAGCUUUGGACCCUCGUCGAGGAUACCGACACCAAUGAAUUAAUUUGCUGGAGUCAGGAAGGAAACAGUUUCCUUGUAUUGGAUGAACAACGGUUUGCAAAAGAGAUCCUCCCAAAGUUUUUUAAACACAACAACAUGGCAAGCUUUGUUCGACAACUUAACAUGUAUGGGUUUCGCAAGGUGAUGCACAUUGAGACCGGCAUAGUGAAGCAGGAGCGAGAUGGACCGGUUGAAUUCCAACAUCUGUACUUCAAACACGGGCAGGAUGACCUGCUAGAAAAUAUAAAGAGAAAGGUGUCAAAUACACGACCUGAAGAGAGCCAAAUAAGACAGGAGGACCUUUCUAAAAUUUUGACCACUGUUCAGAGCGUCCAUGAGCAGCAAGAGAAUAUGGAUGCUAGGCUUGCCAACCUGAAAAGAGAGAAUGAAGAUCUUUGGACGGAGCUUUCCGACCUCAGACAGAAACACGUGCAACAACAGCAAGUCAUAAAGCAGCUGGUGCAGUUCAUCUUCACGUUUGUUCAGAACAAUCGCUUGUUAAACUUGAAACGCAAAAGACCGCUUGCUUUGAACAGUAAUGGAAAGAAGGCGAAAUUGAUCCACCAGAUUUACGAAGAAACCAAAGACCAUGGCAAAUCCGCAGUGAAUGGUGUCAAUGGAAUGAUGAACAGUUCCGACAUUUCUGACGAUGUCAUCAUUUGUGAUGUCAUGGAUGAAGAUUCAGAAUUUAUAGAUGACACUUCAGUAGUGGUUGAUCAGAGGGAUGCAGAAAUUGUGGAAGUCGAUUACGAAAGCAGCCAUGUUACAAGAAACAGCAGUAUUAACAGCACCGUAACAAAUUCAACCGCACAAGAAGCAGCAGCCAAGAGCCUCUCUGACAUUUCAGUGAACAGCGGAGCCCUGCAAUUGAACAAACUCUCGGGUCUAAGUUCAGAGGAUCCAGUUAAGCUAAUGGACUCUAUUCUCAGUGAGAAUGGAGCUAUUUCACAAAACAUCAACCUUCUUGGCAAGGUAGAGCUGAUGGACUAUCUGGACAGCAUUGACUGCAGUCUAGAGGACUUUCAGGCCAUGCUGUAUGGAAAACACUUCAGCAUUGACCCAGACAUCGAAGAGGAAACCGUCUUGGAACCAAGAGAUGGUAUUGGCAAAGACAAAAAAGGAAGGUUUGAGCUCGAUAAUGCAGAUAAGCAGUUGAUUCAUUACACCACCAGCCCUUUGCUGGCAUUUCUGGAUGGAUGCACACCUCUGCCCCCGCACGUUGAUCCUCAAACCGAAACCCUGAGCCAGUCUCUACUGGAGCCAAGCGCGGAGGAACCCGCAGACUUGCUGGCGGAAGCCCUAGAGACAGAGCCCCCCCGCAGCUCGCUGAUCCGUCUCGAGCCCCUUACAGAAGCACAGGCAAAUGAGGCCACGCUGUUCUACCUGUGCGAACUGAACUCUGACCUACCUGGUUCUGAUACAGCACAGCUGGAUAUUUGAAUCAGCCUGCAAAAUACAGACAUUUUUGUAAAUAUUCAUCAAAAUGGUGAUAUUUAUUUUUUGACAAUGUUUUGGUAUCAUCUGUCCAUGAGUUUGACAUUCCUUUAUUUCAGAUACGUCUUAUAUCGUUCACUAGUUAAUGUACUUCUCACUAGGAUCUCCAUCAAUCAUGCUGCAUUUAUGUUGCUGGGUUACAUUGCAGCUUGUUUUGUGAAGCACAUGUAUUCCUGUUCUUAUUAUUGACCGGUUCAGUAAAGAUCAGAGAUGGUCACGCGAGUCAACAGCUAUUCUUAAGUGUAUGGUAAAGAAGUGCCUGCCUGAUGUGCUAAUCUCGCUAAUUCUUUAUCUGUGAAGAAUCUGGUUUAGAGUUAGUUCCAUUAUAUUAGGCAACAUACAUUGAUUUGUUGUUCCUGUGAGCUUUUCAUUAUAUACUGUACUUGACAGUAGCAAAUAAAGGAUUCUUAAAGUGUCA